CAAGUGUGGAUGUUUGGAAUUCAAACAAAAAACGCAAAUUGAGAUAUUUCAUAAAAUGGUCUAGCGCCAACUGAAUAGCGAUUACAGUUCCUUUUCGUUGCCAACGAGAAUGAAGUUUUUCGUUUUUCUUUGUCUGGCGUUUUUCGCUUGUUAUUCUAUUAGUGCCACACCAUGUCUUGGUGGACUCGGCGGUCUUCUGGGAGGCGUUGGUAAACUAACAGGAGGUCUGAGUCAAUUGACUGGUAUUCUCAACUUAGGAGGGAUCAUUGGAAAUCAAGGAUUUCAGGGGAUCAGAGGAAAUCAAGGAUGUCAAGGAAACCAGCAAGUGGUUGAGGAGUAUCAGGAAAGUCAAGGAAACGAUGAAGAAAUUCAGGCAGUAGCCUCAGAAAUCGAGGAGGUAUUUGAACUGAUCAUAGAAACUGCAGAAUCUGUCGAAAAUACAACGGAUGUUGUAGUUGCCGUUUUAUUAGUUGCUGAUGUCGCAUAUGCCACUCUCGGUGUCAUUUCGAACGUUAACGAUGGAAUUCUCAGCGAUUACAACGCAUUCUGCGAACUUUCGGCAUAUCUUGAAGCGGCUAUCGAAAAACUGCUUGAAAGUGUUAACGGUGUGGUAACAGCCGCCGCGGAAGUAGUCAAAAUUAUCAUCGAAAAUGACGAUGUGAUCACACUGAAAUGGGUUAUCGAGGCAAUUGUUACUGUGGCCGGCAAUAUUACCAAUUGUUCCAGUUCCAUUUUGGAAAAUGUGGUUGAAGCCGUAGCGGAAGAGAAUGGAAAUGUGGACAACAGUGAAUCUUUGACUGGUCUCACGUCUUCACUAUCAGCAGUGAGUGGAACAAUCACAUCCCAUACUGAAGCCACUGAAAACAAGACGAGCGACAAUUCAGGAAGUAUCAGUGCUGUUGCUUUACAAAACACUUUGCUCGGUGUUGCCGGUACCGUUUCAACUCUGAUACAUGGCUUGGCGCUAAACAACGUCACUAAUGUUAUUCAAAACUUGGUUGGCUCCGUUUCUGGUUCGCUCAGCGGUCUGCUUAGUGGAGUGACCGGUACGCUGUCUGGAACAUUAAAUGCUGUUGGUGGCAUUGCUGGUGGAGUUGUUAAAAGUUUGAACCAGAUCACUGGAGGAUCGAAUGGAAUUGUUGCUCUACUUACCAGCCAAGUGUCCGGAGUUACUAAAAUUUUAUCAGAUGUGACACUAAGCCUUAAUCAGGUUGUCACUGUUGUCACUACUGUGAUCAGCAAAAUUUCCACCGUGUCUGACAGCCUAGCCGGAAUACUUGAAUCGCUUGGAAAUAUUAGCGAAAGUGAUUUCAACGAUUCACCGUGUAAGGGUUAGAGAGACAUUCUUACAUAAGAGAGAAGAUUGAGGUUCCCUCUUGGACUCGAAAAGUUAGGUAACGAAGCAAGUUUAAGAAAAUAAAUUCUU